UUGAGAGCGCGCGCGAGCCAGGACAGCGGACGCGCUUACUAAUCUCACGGGAAACACGGGCCGCGUUCGGAACAAACCCGGUACCGAGCAGAGCAGAGGAGAGAAGCGCCUCCGUGCAGGAGAGUUUGUAAGAGGCAGAGACACGCAGUCGUGGAGGAUGAGCCUGCGCUUUGAAGCCGCGUAAACCCUCAGGGCAUUUUCAUAAGGAGGCGCGUGCAUAUGUCGAGGAGGAGGUACGUGCGUGCUCUGAGACGUGCGCGAGCCCCCGCUCCGUCCGGACAAAUGAGGAUCCUCGCGAGACGCUAAACUGCCAGCGCGAGCCCUUCAAUCCCGCACACUCUGCAAUUUUUUUUUUAUUAUUAUUAUUAUUUUAAUUAUUAUUAUUUUUCCCACCCCAAUGGAGUGCAUGCAUCCAUCACGGACUAGUAAAAUGCAUUGGAUCACUCUGCUGCUGGCCGGCUUCACUUUUUGGGGCAAAGUGUCUGUGUACAACUGCUUAGAUUACGAAGAGGGCUUUGACUAUUAUGAUGAGGAGAAACAAGAGACCAUAGACUACAAAGAUCCCUGCAAAGCCGCGGUCUUUUGGGGAGACAUCGCCUUGGACGAGGAGGACCUGAAAAUGUUUCACGUGGACAGGACGAUAGAUCUCGCUCGACACCAACACGUGAAGCAAGGACACACGUCGGGGGGAGCAGAUGAGCACGACGCCUCUGCGAAUCGAGGACAGUUAUACCUCCUGCUCGAAAGAAUACGACGACUCGGUCUCGAACCGUCUAAGAACUCUAGUAAGGAGAAGGAGAGAUCGAACCGAGCUGUCUCAGCAGGCGGCAGGGACGAAGAGAGACGGGUUCGAGCGGGGAAAUCUCGUGUCCCCCGAGCCGCCACUUCCAGAGCAGAGCGAAUCUGGCCCGGAGGUGUCAUCCCUUAUGUCAUAGGAGGCAACUUCACUGGCAGUCAAAAAGCCAUGUUUAAGCAAGCCAUGAGACACUGGGAGAAACAGACCUGCGUGACCUUCGUUGAGAAAACAGACGAGGAGAGCUACAUCGUCUUUACAUACCGUCCCUGCGGAUGCUGUUCCUAUGUGGGUCGUCGCGGUAACGGGCCUCAAGCCAUCUCCAUCGGGAAAAACUGCGACAAGUUCGGCAUCGUGGUUCACGAGCUGGGUCACGUUAUCGGAUUCUGGCAUGAGCACACGCGUCCCGAUCGCGACGAUCACGUGACCAUCAUCAGAGACAACAUUCAGCCCGGUCAGGAAUAUAAUUUUCUCAAGAUGGAGCCCGGCGAGGUGAACUCUCUCGGCGAGCCGUACGACUUCGACAGCAUCAUGCAUUACGCCAGGAACACUUUCUCCAGGGGAAUGUUUUUGGACACCAUCCUUCCCUCACGUGACGACAACGGUGUCCGGCCAGCCAUCGGGCAGAGAACCAGACUCAGCAAAGGAGACAUUUCACAAGCCAAGAAACUCUACAGGUGUCCAGCAUGCGGCGAGACACUGCAAGACUCAGCAGGCAACUUUUCAUCUCCUGGUUACCCGAAUGGAUACCCCUCCUACACACACUGCGUCUGGAGGAUCUCCGUCACCCCCGGAGAGAAGAUAGUGCUCAACUUCACCACCAUGGACCUCUACAAGAGCAGCCUGUGCUGGUACGACUACAUCGAGGUGCGCGACGGGUACUGGAGGAAAGCACCUCUUCUAGGUCGUUUUUGCGGCGACAAGAUUCCAGAAACGCUGAUCUCUACAGACAGCCGGAUGUGGAUCGAGUUCCGCAGCAGCAGUAACUGGGUGGGAAAGGGCUUCUCCGCCGUGUACGAAGCGGUUUGUGGCGGCGACGUCAACAAAGACUUGGGACAGAUUCAGUCUCCGAACUAUCCAGAUGACUACAGGCCCUCUAAAGAGUGUGUGUGGAGGAUCACAGUGUCCGAGGGCUACAGUGUGGGCCUCAACUUUCAGGCCUUCGAGAUCGAGAGGCACGACAGCUGCACGUACGACUACCUGGAGGUGCGCGAUGGCCUGUCCGAGAGCAGCCCGCUGAUCGGACGAUUCUGUGGCUACGACAUCCCCGAGGACAUCCGCACUACGUCCAACACGCUGUGGAUGAAAUUCGUCUCGGACGGAACGGUGAAUAAAGCCGGCUUCGCUGCGAAUUUCUUCAAAGAGGAGGACGAGUGCACGAAGCCGGAUAACGGCGGCUGUGAGCAGAGGUGCGUGAACACUCUGGGGAGCUUCAAGUGCGCCUGCGACCCUGGAUACGAGCUGGCCCCAGACAAAAAGAGCUGUGAAGCUGCGUGCGGAGGUCUGCUGUCCAAGCUGAAUGGCACCAUCACGACGCCCGGAUGGCCAAAAGAAUAUCCGCCCAACAAGAACUGUAUCUGGCAGGUGGUGGCUCCGACGCAGUACCGCAUCUCAGUGCAGUUCGAGGCGUUUGAACUGGAAGGGAACGAGGUGUGCAAGUACGACUUCGUGGAGGUGCGGAGCGGCCUCUCGUCUGACUCUAAGCUUCAUGGAAAAUAUUGCGGCACCGAAGUUCCAGAGGUCAUCACUUCCCAGUACAACAACAUGCGCAUCGAGUUUAAGUCGGACAACACCGUUUCAAAGAAAGGCUUCAAAGCACACUUCUUUUCUGAUAAACCUGCCACCUGCAAAGCACGGAUCUUUAUAUUUAAGUCCUGUCAGGACAUAACUGCCCCUCCUUCUGCUCGUAGAGCAGCCAUAGGGCAGGUCACAGAUAAGGACGAGUGUUCGAAGGAUAACGGCGGAUGCCAGCACGAGUGCAUCAACAUCAUCGGCAGCUACGUUUGCCAGUGUCGCAAUGGCUUCAUACUGCACGAGAACAAGCAUGACUGUAAAGAAGCGGAGUGCGAGCACAAAAUCCAUAGCCCCACCGGCACCUUAAGUAGCCCCAACUGGCCUGAUAAGUACCCCAGCAGAAAGGAGUGUACCUGGGACAUCACCGCUACUCCGGGCCACCGUGUCAAAAUUUCGUUCAACGAGUUUGAGAUCGAGCAGCACCAGGAAUGUGCGUACGAUCACCUGGAGGCGUUCGACGGCGAUUCGGACAAGGCGCCCAUUCUGAGCCGGCUCUGCGGCACCAAGCUUCCCGAGCCGCUCGUCUCCACGGGCAACAGGAUUUACCUCCGCUUCAUCUCCGAUGCCUCUGUGCAGCGCAAGGGCUUCCACGCUACACACUCCACAGAGUGUGGAGGCAGGCUGAGGGCCGAGGCACGGCAGAAGAACCUGUACUCUCAUGCACAAUUCGGGGACAAUAACUACCCAGGCCACACGGACUGCGAGUGGCUGAUCACGGCCGAGGAAGGCUACAGCAUCGAGCUCACCUUCACCACCUUCGAGCUGGAGGAGGAGGCCGAGUGUGGAUAUGACUACAUCGAGCUGUAUGACGGGCAUGACACGUCAGCACACAAACUAGGACGCUUCUGUGGUUCCGGGCCUCGUGAGGAGCUGUACUCAGCCAGCGACGCCAUGCUGAUCCGCUUCCACAGCGACGACACCAUCAGUAAGAAAGGCUUCCACAUCCGCUACACCAGCACCAAGUUCCAGGAGGAGUUACACACACACAAGUAACACCCACACACACGCCCAUAUAUAUAUAGAUAUAUAGAUAUAUAUAUACACACAUCUCCAGGAAAAAGGAUGCCACAGACUGAUUAAGGAGUCACUCGAGAGGAAAAGUUACUCAAAGGCACUGGAUUUGCCUCCAUGUAUCUGCCACUAGGAGCCCGCGGGUCAUCACACUCCUAACUCCACCCACUGGACUCGAGGCAUGCUCCGCCUGUUUCGCAGACCGUCGCAGGGAACGCCUGCUCAUUCUAUACACACUAAAUAAUAUCCUCGUAACGGAAAAGCUGCACAAAGACAUAAAGUAUAAAGCAAGUAGGUUGUUUUCAAGCUUGUGGAACAAAAAACAAAACAAGUAUAAGGAUAACAUGGGAGGUCUGCUUCUGAGCAACUAAGCUGCUGUUGCCACACUUGUAACCUAAAACGUGUGCGCACUCAUCUGCAUGUUUUCACUGAGGGCGCGCGGACACGCCUGCGGGAUUGAAAUCCGAACGAAAAAAAAAAAGAAUUCUUUAACGUUACGAUGUUACAUCCGUGACUGUUUACAUGUAAUAAUACCUAAUUUAUAUCUGAUGAGAUAACGAGAAUGCUAAUCUCUUGACUUCGACAGGCUUGUAAGAUCUACCACGACGUUUUCAGUGUUUAGAAUCUCAUUCUCAUUAGUAUUCUUUUCUCGCAGUCCAUGAACCCUGUCUUUUUCUUUUGUUUUUGAUGAGUGUUUAUUUUCUAACGAAACUUGUAAAGCCUUGAAUAAAGUGUGUGCGAAAACCCCCAUAAUCAUGUGCGCUUAACAUGCACUUAGCACAGAGGAUGAGGAAGAGAGACUCUAUCCAGCUGUGCACUUGACUGUUCAUGGUCUCUCCAAAUAAACGAUCUUUUCCCUCGCGAGGUGUCCGACACGAGGAGUCGAUUCAGCGAGACAUUUUCCUGGGAAUACAGCGAGGUGAAAAGGGAAACCCUAAUGGUGCUACUCAGAACUUCAGUUGCUGCGGAGCAACGAUCCAGACGGCCGGUGUGCACCGAUUUACACACAGGGAGCGCUGCGACACUCGCACGCUCACAUCACUGACAGCGCCACUAUCGUGGACGAGCAAAUAUGGCCUUAGAACCAAAAUGUAUAAUAUUGCACAUGUGGAUGUCUAUGUAGAUAAUGUUUGUUGUGUCAUUGUUGUUUUUCUUUCUUUUUUCUUUUUUAUUAUUAUUAAUGUAUUUUGUUUGAUAUCAAAUUUAAUGAACUUCCUUCAGUCAUCAUUUAAAACAAAAACCUAAUUAUGAAUUCCAAAUUCCAGUAUACACAGACGCACACAUUUGCAACAAGACACAAUCUAUCAAUCCCUAUCGAUUGGUUAACAAACAGUUUUCACUCCUUGUAGAAACAGAUUAUCCAGCCUGAUCAUUAAAGCCCAUUGUGUGUGUUUGUGUGUGUGAGUGUGUGUGUGUGUCCAUGUAAGAGUGUGUAUGCCUAUGUGCAUGUGUAUGUAUGCAUCUCGGACACACAUAAACCCCUGUUAUACUUCUUGACUGUUUCCGGUGUGGGUGUCUCUUCAUGUGCCAAGUUCCCACUUUGACCCUAAUCCAGUUUAUAAAAUAUGAAAGAUGAUUUUCUGUCCUCUGUGUAUCUGCCUGAUUAAAAAACAAAACGAAAAAAAACAAACGUAUCACCCUGCUGGUGAUUAAACUGAUAUCAGGUCGAA